AUGGAUGGAUGGAUGGACAUGGACGGAUGGACGCUCACGAGCGGCCAUGCGACGGACCGUGCAAACCAAAAGGUACAAGCUCCAGACGGGUGGAGAGCGGGCGAUAUGGCCGAUGUCAAAUCAUGCUCGUCAACUCGCUCGGGAACAGUAAAAAGAGUGUCCAACGUUGCAGUAGGUCAGACCAGAGUUUGGAUCUCUUAUUCGUGGGGUGAGCUUAAAGUCCAUCCAUUACCAAAGUUUGGUGAAACUCGGAGCACGAGAAGGAGACGGAUAGGCACAUACACUCCUCACACGUCCAGUCUAGAAUGCUUUAUCAUGGAGAAGAAGGUUUGCCGGCCCAUUACGGGCCGUUGA